AUGUCUGCUGUAUCUAGAAUUAAAAGAAUUUUGGAUUUAUCCUUAAAUAAAGAAAAAGAUGAUGACGUCUGCCCCAAUAGUCACUUAAAUAAGAAUAAGGAAUGUCCUAAUCUUGAAUCAUCCAAUCAACAUGAUAGUAGAGCCAGUUCUCCAUUGCCGCCGGGAGCCGAAAAUAUUUUCAACGAUUUAGCAGACGUAUACCACGACGUGUUUAAUAGCGAUAAAGAAAAUAUGGCUUGUGAACAACUUCAUGAUAUACCAGUAAACAUUACUGCACCACCACAACCUGCCGCCUGCAAAGAAACCAGUUCAUCGAAACAUGAAAAUGAGAUUGCACAAAUAUCUAAUGAUGCUGCCUGCUGUCAAGCUGCUUUGUCACCAGUUGUCGACCCUGAGAUAGUCAUAGACCAUCAAUAUGAACAUUCUGCCUCUGCCAACCACCUUGCCUCUGUCUCAUUGCUAGACACUAACCAAACUACUGAAGAGGUUCCGAGUCCCUUUAUUCUCGAGGUAAACCCUAGCUUUAAUAACUCUCCCAAUAUUUAUAUUGAAGAAUUCGAAGAACCAGCUGUAUCCACACCAUCAUCGUCACAAAAUAUGGUUUUAGCUACACCAAUGCCCUCGCCAUUAAAUAAUCAUAAAAAAUGUGCUGAUGCCUUUUGUCCCGACCAUUCCGAUUGGAUAAAUUCAGUUCAAUUACAUACUAAUGGUAUAUCUUCACUAAAUACACCGAAACCUAAACAAAAAAAGGGUAAAAAACGCUUGGUAUUAAAGAAUGACUGGUCUGACGCGAAACGCAAAUGUUUGAAAAAUCAUGGAAAGAGCUAUGUAUCAAAAAGAGGCAAGUUUGUUGAUCCUAAAGUUAUGGGUAAGCCAUGUGGUUGUCGUUAUUUUGAAAGCGACAACCGCGGUAAGCAUAAACAUCACAAAUCUGUUAUUACUGAUGACAUGGUUAAGAGUGUUUGUGAUCAUGUAAAUUCAUUUGUACCGGUUGAAUCACACUUUAUUCGAAAAGAUUCGACAAAGUUAUAUCUAGAUGGUAGUCUCAGUAUUAGUCAAAUGUUUAAAUUAUAUAAUGAGUGGUUUGAUGAAAGCCUAUAUUCGUCGAAAGUCUUUACGGAAAGGCAGUAUAGGGAGAUUGUUAAUAAAAAUUUCAACCUUGGAUUUCAUAUGCCAAAAAAGGACCAGUGUGAAGUGUGUCACGCUUAUCGCAACACCACUACUCACACUGAUGAAGAAACGAGGAAAUAUGAAAAACAUCUCAACUCAAAGAAAACUGCACGUGCCCUGAAGCAGAAGGACAAAGAAGAUGCCCAAAAGUCUAAUGAGUCGAUCGUUACAGCUGUUUUCGAUUUUCAAAAAGUGUUGACGUGUCCACAUGGGCAAAUCAGUAUUUUCUACUACAAGCGUAAAUUAUCGGCUUUUAACUUCACAAUAUUUAAUAUGGGCCAAAAGAAGGCUGUUUGUUACAUAUGGGACGAGACUAUAGCAAAACGGGGAGCCAAUGAGGUAGGAAGCUGCUUACUAGAUUAUAUUGAGAAUUGUUCUACACAGGGUGCUGAAGAAUUUCGUUUCUGGUCCGAUAAUUGUGCGGGCCAGAAUCGUAACAGGUUUGUCUUUGCUAUGUUUUUGUUUGCAGCCAAAAAAUUUAAUGUUUCAAUCACACAUCACUUUCUCGAGAAAGGGCACACGCAAAACGAGGGUGAUAGUGUCCACGCCCUCAUAGAACGUUCGGCUCGAUCAAAAACAAUUUACACCCCGGAAGAAUGGCGACUACUUACACGCUGGGCAAAAACUGAAGGAGAACCAUAUUUGGUAAAGAACAUGGAGCAGGAACACUUCUAUAAUUUCAAGAGUACUGUUAAUGACAAACAUUGGAAUAAAACUGUCAACAAGCAAAAAAUAUUAUGGACUAAAAUUAAAGAAGUGUUUGUCGAUAAAUCUGAUCCAAAUAAAUUGUAUUUUAAAUACGAUUUAAAUCAAGAAUUUUACGAAUGCUUGGUUUUUCGGAGUGAAACCAGGCACUCAUCGGUAGUACCCAAUUUGGAACGUGCUUAUUCGUCACCUCUCAAGCUACCAAAACUGAAAUACAAUGAUCUAGUAAGUAUGUGCAAUACCGGCGUCAUUAAUGCAAGUAAUGCAGUCUAUUUCCGAUCACUGCCCUACAAUAAUGAAAGCACUGCAAACAACGACGAUUUAAGUGAUGACGAUGAGAAUUAG